UCCGGUGCUAACUGCUACAACACUCUCUCACACAAUAGAAACGCGUUUCUGACUUUCCAGAGAGACAGGGUGGUAAACAGUGGGGUUGAAAGACGUGAUGGCAGGCAGGAAGAGAAAGAGGGCGGCUGUAGCGGGAGUGAAAGAUGUAAAUAAACGUAAAAAGCAGACAGGGGAGAAAGAGAAGAAGAGCAGUGGGAGUUUAACUGGGAAUGACCUGCAGCUCAGACUGGGAGAGGAGUUCUUCCAGCAGCCUUGUAUCAAUCUGGCUAAAGCAAUCCUGGGAAAGGUGCUGGUCCGCAGGUGUGCAGAUGGCACUGAGCUGCGAGGGAGAAUAGUGGAAACCGAAGCCUACCUGGGUGGAGAGGACCAAGCCUCACACUCAGCCGGAGGCAAACGCACAACUAGGAACACGGCCAUGUUCAUGAAGCCAGGCACAAUUUAUGUGUAUACCAUUUAUGGCAUCAACCUCUGCAUGAAUGUGUCCAGUGAAGGGGAGGGUGCUGCCGUGCUGCUGCGCUCCGUCGAGCCCCUACAGGGUCAGUCCGUCAUGAGGAGGCUGAGAGCAACCAGGCGCAAAAAGGGCGCGCGACAACUUAAGGACAAAGAGCUGUGCAACGGGCCUUCCAAGCUGUCCCAAGCUCUAGAUAUACGGCAAUGUUUUGACUGUCGAGACAUGGCCUCAGAUCCAGAGGUGUGGCUGGAAGGGGAGCCCAACACAAGUCCAGCAGAAACUAACAAUAUAGUAUCAGCACCACGUGUUGGAAUCGAGUCCCAUGGCGAAUGGGCCAAGAAGCCAUGGCGGUUUUAUCUUCGAGGGCACCCCUGUGUUAGUGUAUUGAAUAAAGAGGCAGAGAAACAGCCUCGGUCUGGAAAUGUAAUAAAUGAUUUAGGUUCGUCAGAUGUUCAGCCUGACACAGGAGCGAACCAUGUCAAAAAGACUUAACAGGAGGAUUCCUGAAAGAUACUCCUACAUCUGUUCCCUUUGUGGACUUCACCAAUGAAGUAGAAUAAAAACUACAGAAUUUUCUCCACUAACUCCAUUACAUCAUCUUGAUCUUUAAAUUCUUAGGUCAAGAUGGUAAAAUAAAAACC